ACAGUUGUUAAAUUAAUAAAUUGUUAUGCAUUCAUUUCUCCUUCCCAUCCAAUACAAAAACCUCGGGCAGUAAAUUCCGAUAACGCCAAUAACAGUGAACUUUCUUCCCUUGAUUUUGCAACUCAAAUCUAGUUGAACAUCAACCGUGCGCAACCCUUUUCCCCCAUUUCCACUUCAAUUUUGUGCUAUCCUCACACAAAUUACCAAAUUUCAAUCACUCGCAGUUUCCAUGGAUUCCUUAUUCGCAACCUACGCUUCCUCAGACGACGAAGAAGACGAACAAAAACCCCAACUUCCUGCAUCACAUCCACCUUCAAAACCUUCUCUAUCUCUUUUCUCUUCUCUCCCCAAACCCCAAUCUUCUCCUUCAUCUUCUCUAUUCUCUUCUCUCUCUCCUCCCAAACCCUCAUUUCAAACCCAAAAACAAGAAUCUUCAACCCCAACUUCUUCAAAUUCUUCCGCUUUAUUCUCUUUCCUCCCUCCUCCUAAAUCCCAAACAACCCUUGAUCUCCCUCUUCCUAAAAGGGUUGUUCAAUUUCGUCCUCCUGUUCCUCAAUUUUCUUCUCGUUUCGACAACGACGACGACGAUAACGAUGAUAAUGAAGAUAAAGAGGAAGAGGAGAGAGAGAGAAAGAAGAGAAGUCAAUUGGGUCAAGAUACUUCUGUUAAAUCCUUUCUUUCAAGUAUGCCUACCCCUAAAAAUUCAGGCUCACUUGGUGGGUUGUCGGGUUCUUCGGGUUCAGGGCGUCGGUCGAUUGUCGAAACCGAGGGGGCGACGUUAGCUCCCUUGAGUGGGGAUGUUAAUGGGGUGGAUGAUGAAGUGGGUUUUGUAUCUAAUGUUGAGAAUAAUCAGGAGAAUUUGGUGGGUGGUUCUAAUUUGGGUAGUUAUGAAGUGGGUGUUGCAGGGGAUCAAGGGUGUUAUGGUAGUUAUGGAGGUUAUGAUGCUAAUGGGAGUUCAAGUGUAAGUGAUUAUGGUAGUAGUUAUCAGGGUUAUGGGAAUUAUGAUAGUAGCAAUUGGUACCAUGCUUCAGCUGGGGAGAUAGGUUCGGCGACGACGAUGGGAGGGGUUGAGAGUAUUGCUAGUUUGGGUGGGAAGAAGAGAAAGAAUCAAGUGCCAACAGAAAUUGUUGAGGUGAAUCAGGAUGAGUUGAUGAAGAAUCGCCCGAAAGAGGAUAAAUCUAAGCUAACUGGAAUAGCAUUUGGACCUUCUUAUCAGUAUGUGUGGACUUCCCUUCCACUAGUUAGAGGAUUGUCGCAGAAGAUUCUCAUGCCGGCUUCAACAAAGGGGAAACCUUCUAAGCUGCACAAACGAAAGCAUCAAAUUGGUUCUUUGUACUUCGAUAUGAGGCAGAAGGAAAUGGAGUUUGCAGAAAGGCGUGCUAAAGGAUUUCUUACUAAAGCCGAAACACAAGCAAAAUAUGGAUGGUGAAUUUAUGGUCUUCUAGCAAGUUUAUAAACAUCCUUCUUAAACACGUUUGUUUACUUUGGAGACAGUUCUACUGCUCUUGUGUAAUUGCAAAUUGCAAUUGUGUAUACUGAACAUGGAAAUCUCUAAGUAAAUUUUCGAGCUUUCUGGUGACCUGAGUUCUUUCCAAAUAUUUGGGAAUGUCUUAUUCUAGUUCUCAUACUGUAAAAUUCUUGCAUUUACGUGUUUUCUCAGAUAUAGGUAUGGAGUUGCAUACCGUGUUUGUAAAGUCUUAAUUGGUUGACGAUAGUUGUUUUUUCCCACCUGUAGUUGUAUGUCAAUAACGAUAAUUCAAUUAAGCCAAAGUAUUUUUUUUUUUA